ACAACACACGGCGGGAAGCGGAAAAGUUUUUCUAAGAAUCAAAACAGAAUUUGUUCAGUUGAUUUCCAGAGCGCCGUAACAGGAAAGAUGGACGGGAGGAGUCUGGCCCACGAUCUGAAGAGAUGGGCCUCGGAGGAGUUCCAGCUGCCUGUACGCAAGCUGCCCUGUGACGGCUUUUUCAGAAAGCUGUGUCUCGGGCAAGGUGCAGACAUCUGGAAAUACGUCACUGAGCAUGUUCACCAUCAGAGAAAUGUGAAGAUCAUGAGAGGGAAUCUGCAGUGGUACAAAGUGAUGGAGGAGUUUGAGGUGAGGAGCGGAGCGGCUCAGAGCGAGGCUGAGAGGAGGAAGGCGAUGCAGAGAGAGGUGCUGGAGCUGAGAUCAGAGCUGGAGCAGCUGGACUCUCAGAUUGAGAUGGCACAGUGCGAGUUCACUGCCAACGAGAGUUCAGUCAGAGACACCUGGGAGCGCGCUGUCGAGUCUAAGAAGAGGGAAGUUCUCCUGAGAUCGUACGCGGAGCGCUGUGUUCGGGGCAGGCAGCGAACGAGUGAGGAGAUCUACAGGAUCCGCGGGCACCGCCAGACACUGGAGCAGCUGAGCAGGAAAGCUGAAGUGGAGGUUGGAUUUGGAGGGACCCCUGCUAGCGGUGGAUCAGCUGGCCCUGAACCCCAGAUUCUGAGUGAGGUGAAGCAGAUCUGUCAGGAGAGGUUUCAGUUCUUCCAGUCCCUCCUGGACAGUGAGCUGGGGACGGCGACAUCGGAGGCGCGUUUGUGUCGGGAAGAGCGGAGCGCUGUCUUUCAGCACUGGCUCAGUUCAGUGGAGGAUAUAAUUCGCUCCCAUCCUCCCAGUCACAUGUUGGGAGCGCUGCAGGACUUGGCCUCCCAGAGGCAGGCAGCGCUGCAGGAGAAGACUGCCCGGAUCAACGUGUCCCAGGACGUGCAGGCGCUCCGGUUUCGGUAUGAGAGCCAGCAUCUGCAGGAUGUGUCUGAAGAACAAGAGGUCCUCCCUUCAGUCAAGUGGCUUCUGCAGGAAGGCUGGAGUGGGGUGGAGGAGAGGGGCGUGUCUCUCAUUGCUCUUAUCUCUAAGGAGAGGGAGCUCUCUGCUCUGCUGGACACAAAGAGGAAAGAGGCGGCUCUUGUGCUGGCAGGAGAAUCUAAGGCAGCCUGCCUUGCUCGGGCUGUGUUUGAGCUGGAGCUGCAGCUCUGCAUGGCGAAGGCACUGAGGGACUGUCUGCAGAAGCAGUGCCAAGACUGGGCAGAGACAGCCAGGGGCAAACAGGGGGCCAUCCUGGCACUGCAGCACAAGUGGCAAAGCAUCAUGGACUUCAGGCAGCUGGUGGAUAAGAAGCAGGAGCAGAUUCGGGGCCUCAUCAAAGGAAACUCCACAGCCAAAGCUGAGCUGGCGAAAGUCAAAGCAGAGAUCGCCCUUUUUGUACAGGACAGGCUGCAGCAUCAGCAGAGGGAUGUGGAGGUGGGGGCGGGGGAGCUACACAGCGCCGUCAGCACAGAGCUGCUGCAGUUUGGGGGUGUCUCCCUGGCCGCACUGUCCCGGAGGAACCUGGAUGGCGUACUGCGAGUUCCAGCUUACAAGCUCUCUAUUCAUCGUCUGGACACCUCAGCUCCAUUUGAGUCACGAGUCUUCGACAGCACCUGCCAGAGCCUGGCCUUCCCCCGCUACAGGGCUCCAGAGCAGCUCAGCUUCCACACAGUGGCGCUCAAGCUGGAGCUGAGACACCUGCAGCACCUCCUGGAACUCAAGCAGAGCUGCUUACACCUCACCAGCAGUGUCUCCUCCCCUCCAGCUCUGUUGCAGUGUGUGAGAUCGGAGGACAGGGAGUUGGUCACUAACCUCCUGCCCACUGUCCAGCAUCUCUCCCAGCAGAGCAGUCAGUGUCUGGAGUACGGCUCUGAGGUCAAGGCCGCCGUCACGCAGUGGUGGGAGCAGCCAGCUCAGUUCUGCCUCCCUGAGGAGAGGAGACACGGCCUAACCCUGCAGCAGUGGAUCGAGAGAUGGAGCAUGGCAGCUAAGGCACUGCACCAGAGACAAGGGGGCUGGCAGUGAGGUGUGCGGAGGGGGGGGGGCUGAUUCACUGCGUGUGUGUGUGACCCUGAGCAAGUCACUUAACCUCCUUGUGCUCCGUCCUUC